AGUUUCUAGAAGACCAAUUUAGACGUUCUGUGUGAAACCCAGGAGACAUUUAAUAGAUAUUGUUGAAUUAAUUUAAACUGCUUCGAAACAUAAAGUUCUUCACAAAUGUCAGGCAUUAGUUUUAAUUCUCCCUAGGAGGUAGCGAAAGGCCUUUUAUUCACUUGCUGCGAGGAGAAACCGUGUGCUUGAAUAUUCUCCCGUCAUCCAGGUGAAGAACGAAACAGGCGUUGUACAGGGAUUACAAAGCUCACUCUGGUUUUAAACAAAAUGCCAUCUUUGUUCUUACCAGGAUCGAGAUGACCACGGCCACCCCGUUGGGGGGGACUACCUUCUUCUCACUGAACGUGACCACCAGAGAACAGGACUUUCUGUACAAGAGUUCCGGAGCCAUCGUUGCUGCCAUUGUCGUGGUUGUCAUUAUCAUCUUCACCGUGAUUCUGAUCCUGCUGAAGAUGUACAACAGGAAAAUGAGGACAAGGCGGGAACUGGAACCCAAGGGGCCCAGGCCAUCCUCCCCUUCUGCCUUGGGCCCAAACAGCAACAGCAGCCAACACCCUGCAACUGUGACCUUCAGCCCUGUUGACGUCCACAUGGAGACUCGGUGACCCCCACCCUGGUGCUAUCUUGGCCACCAUCCAAAGAGCCUUCUCCCGUCAAGACCCAGAAGCACAUUUCUCCUCUGGCAGCUCCAUUAUGAGUUCCUUCUGGUCGACAGGGGCGUCUCUUAUUCAAUUCCUGAUGCUUCAGGCAACCCCUAACCCUGUCCCGCCCCGCACCACCCUGGCUAUGUCCAUAUCCCUAUUGCCCCCGCCCCCUUACAAAAAGCUAUGGAACAUUCUUUUGUGAUCUGAUGAGGUAGAACCAGGUUGGGAAUCCACUGAAAUGGAUGUGGCUGUCUUCCCCAAACACAGUUGCUAGACAGACAGACAGACAGACAGACGGAUAGCCCAGGAGUCUUCUGGUCAGGAGGCAGGGGUUAGGGCAUGCCCCCGAGUGUACAACAGGGUCUGCCACUGGGGUCAGAUCAGAAUGAGUGCCAUCUAUAUCCACGGCUUUGCAGAGCAAAGUAUUCAGUCCCAUUAAUCAGGCACAGGGGAACUAACUUGGGCUAACUAACCAGAAAACCAGCUUGUUAAUUUAUAACUUGUUCCAGUACUGGAUGACCGCUAGCUAGCUCAUGACAACCGGUCGGCACGUUUCACCCUCUUUAAGAAACGCUAUGGGAGAAACUAAAUUCUUCUUGAAAGGUUUCUACUUCAUUUGUAAAGAGUCCGAGAGGGACUAGGGUGAACUCCAGGAAUGAUGGCCUCUAGGGCAAAAGCUUAUUGCUGUGUCGCUGGGCCUUGAAUGAGUCUGGGGCUAGUCAGAGCCCCUCUUCUCCCUUUGGGGCUGCGUUUAGCCUGACUCAGCCUCAUUUCCUGGCUCUCCUCUAUUUGGAUUCCCAGCAAUCCUCUCUGUCCGGGUAAACCUUCCUUCCAAGGAGCAGUAUUAGAGACUGAUAAGAUUACAGCCCCGUGUAUGUUACCUGCGCCCUUCCCGGUCACCUUGCAGAGAUUCAGGGCACGUUCUCAGCACCACAUUCGCACACCGUGUCUCUGCACAGAGCUGAUCUUUUCGACUCUUUAGCCUGGAGAACAAUCUGUUGAGAGGGGAAAGCAUUUUUGAGAUUAAGAAGACUUGUCUCCCAAGACCUGCCCCCUGGUCGUGUGGCCUUGGAAGAGUGACUUGAGCGCUCCAUAGUCGGUUUGCUAACCCCAAAGUGGGAAUGAUGACAUCUGCCCCCCCGGGGUUACUAUAAUCAGCUACGGACAUAGUGAAGCACCUGGGGUAGUGCACAGCACCCAACAGAUGCUUAAUAAAUGACAGCCAGCAUUGUUUAUUGCAGUCAGAAUAUGUCUUAAAAUCGAUGGGUCCGUUAACGUAGUUGUACUUUUUCUCUCUCAAAAAGCUGGUUUUUAACCAGUUGUGCAUCUUACCGUUGAAGGCAUCUUGGAAGCAAGGUAAUAAAUCCUUAUCCUGUUCUAGAAAGUAACACACGCUGCCCUUUAACCUCACAUUCUAGGAGUGUCUCCCUCUUGGAGUCAGAAAUCUCCUUUGAGGGGAAAUCGAGGGUCAGGAAGGUAAGAAGACUGACCCAGGGUCACAGAGUCCUGCCAUCCCACGAUAAAAAUGCUCGCUUGAAUAUGUCUGGAAAAAUGCUUGCAAAUUCUUCCUCCCCAGACAACAUUUGUCCCUACUGUGUUUAAAUAUCCAUCAAGUACCAGGUCCUUGGCAAGAUGCUUUCACAUAAAUUGUCCCAUAGGAUUUAUUUUUCCUAAUAAUCCUGGGAGGUAUUAUUUUUUUCUGUUUGCAGCUGAGAAUUGCAAACUCAAGGAGAAAGGUACUUGCCCAAAGUCCCACAGCUAUUAAGUUGCAAAGACAGGACUCAAACUCACGUCUCUUCGACUCCGAAGUCCCUCUCUCUCUGUUGUACCAAAUUAUUCCCUAACCUCCUGGCUCAAAACACAAGAGUGUGAGCCAAACAAAAGGAGGACAGGGGUCCAUGUGUCUGAGCCGAAGUCAGGAAUCUAGCUUCCAAACUAACAGCGGGGACAAAGCCAUUCUGGUAGCCUCCUUUGGGCUUCCAUGAUUGGAGCCAAAGGACCCCUUUCUAAGCCCAUGGAAGCCCUAAAGAUUCUCAUCUCAUUUCCCCUAACAUUUUCCCCAAGGAGCAAGGGGUAGAAUGGCAUCCAACCAGGGCAAAGCCAUUUCCUUAAGGGCUCAAACCCCAAAUAGAUACGUUUCCCAGAGAUAUUCUGCUUUAAAAAAAAAAAAAAGACGUUGGGAAUGUUCCAGCCCUAAAACCAAACUCUUCUGCCCAUAGUGAAAUCUAGUAAUUCCGACCAGAGGAAUUAUCCUCUGGUCUAUGUUGUUCUGCUAAAUGAAAGCUUGGAAGUGAAGGAGGGGGGAGAGGGAAAGAGGAAAGAGGAAGGCCAAGAAAAGGGUUUUAGUGUUUUGUUUUUAACUAAUGGAGAUAACCCAGUAAUCCUUUAUGGGCCCCUGUGUGGAAGUUGAGGUGCCACUAAACACAUUAAGUCAUGGUCCCCGUUCUCAAAGAGUCUGCAGCCGGUCUCCCGAGACAGGGAUCUUGCAACACCGCAGAGUUAUUUCAUUUCUGACAGGUGCAUUUCCUAACAGCGCAGAUGCUGCCUUAUUGGGCCACUGAGUCAAUAAAAGAUACUAAACAUCUAAAGAAAAAUGUCUAAAAAUAAAGAGGUUCAAACCAAA